GACAGACGGCACUGAGGGGAGGGGAAAUAACACACUCUCUCUGUCACACCUCCACAGCCUCAGUCAGCCUCUGACAGAGAGACAGAGCAGAUCUUGACAUUGUGAGGAAGAUGCACAUCAGAGGAGCAUCCAGGACAGGACAAUAGCUCCUGAGACAAAUACAUGCCAAGGACUACAAGCAGCAAACCCAGAGAGAGCGAAGGACAUUUCAGAACGGGCAAAAAAGGCUGGAAGAGGUUUGCGGGUUUGCUUAAAAAGGACCUAAAUCCCCCAAAAAACCUGCCUCCUUUCUGCACAUCCACUCUGUCUGUCGCUGUCUGCAGAGCUCCAGUGCUGCUGUGAGGUUACAGUCUCCGAAAAGACAGACAGGAGACCAUGAGUGAGGCGAAGAAAGGUGAGCUAGCCAUCCGGGAUAAAGCCAUCCUGCACCAGCAGAGGCGUCUGAAACAGGCCACCCAGUUCACGCACAAGGACUCGGCUGACCUCCUGCCCCUGGACGGGCUGAAGAGACUCGGCACAUCCAAAGACUUGCAACCUCACAGCAUCGUCCAGCGCCGCCUGCUGGAAGGAAACAUUACGCGGCUGCGAGGGGAGGCCCGGGACCCCAACGCCAGGGUUCGCUCCCCGCUGGCCGACACCAAGGACGGACCCGCUGACGCAGAGGAGAGGAGCGAGAGCACCGCGGACGACUCCACGGAGGAGAGGGAGUCUCUGGAGGAGAGCGAGAGGAGCCUAAGGUCGGACGAAGAGGACGACAGCAGCGAAGCCGGAGCCAGAAACUCAGCUGAGAAGAGCGAGGGCACGCAGAGCUCGACCCUCCUCACAGCUCUGGUUGUUAAAUGCAAGUGCUGCGAGACUGAAGUCAAGGCAUCCAUCAACACCGGCAGCCAACACAACCACAUCUCCAGCUCCUGCUGCCAGAGGCUGGGACUGGUACCCGCUCAGGACAGCUCACCGUGUGGAGGGAGCAGCUCAGUGACGGGUCUGCAGCUGCAGCUGGGCAGACAGACGGUCCAGUGUUCAGCCUAUGUCAAAGAGGAUGAGGCGUUUGAGCUGUGCCUGGGUCUUCACACUCUGUUGGAACUUAAAUGCUGCCUGGACCUGAGCAGCCGGGUCCUGAAGCUGCAGGGCUGCGGCGAGGAGCUGCCCUUUCUGAACCCUUCGACCGACAGCCAGUGCCAACACGACACCAACGAGAACCUGUGAGCACGACUCGACGGCGGCGGCGACCACUUCCUCGAGUCUCGACGGGUUGCAGCAGCGUGGCGCGGUGCCGUUUGUGUCUGGACGCGUCCAAUCACAGUGUCUCUCACACACUGCCAGAACAUGGAUGAGCACUGGCCACCGUCGUUCCUGAGUUUACAUCAUUGUGUUUGUAGAUUUAAGACAUCCACCACGAUUAUCUCUGAUAUUAAAUUAGUCUAGUUUACAGAGCGGGUUAUGAGCCGAUCCGAUCUCUGAAAAUCUAAAUCAUUCUUUAUUGAUUAUAUUGUAUAUUAAAUCCAACUUUUCUGCUCGGGUACACUGUUGCUCUCUAAAAGGGAAACUAUUAUAAUCAUUUGAAGUGAACUUAAAUGGAAUAUUUUGUGAUUUGGAUGUACAAAAAUGACCUUAAAUCAUCAAGUAAAUUUAAAGUUUUAGUUGUGAAUCAUUUCAGUUUAGAUGGUGUUACAGGAAUAGUUUUAUACUUUGGGAUAGUUAAAUUUCUGACCAAGUUAAAUGAGAAGAUAUGAUCAUGCCUGUACGAUAAAUACGAGGGAAAAAACGUAUUUCAGCGGAGCCUUGCGUCCUGCGUCACAGCUGCGGCCUGAUGAGCGUUCUCGCCGGCUUUCAUGGGGUCAUCAUCACUAGUGAAACCAUUGCCUAAAAAGUUGUUUAUUGACCCAAUCUUUGCUUUAGCCCAAAGAUGAACCCCCAGGCGACGUCACGUCUAACUGUAACUGCAAACACAUAUGAUUUAUUAUUUUUUGUGAUCACUGAUUUGUGAAAAUACACUUUUUUGCUUCUCAAAGUGUUGACACGGCUGCAGCCACGACUAAUGUCAGACUUCCCGGCAGGUUUUCAAAUGAUAUUUUAUCUGACUGCUUUGACCUGAAUUCUCAAAUUAACCAUCAUAACGUUAUACUGAAGAAUAUGUGCAACAAAUUGUGCUAAAAUAUAUUGGCAUUUCAAUGGACUCAAUUAUGUCCAACAACAAAAAUCUGCUCACUCCAAAAUCUGCUUGCAGCAAACAGGGUUGAAAAUGUCCCAAACUGCCGUUAAAAAAUCCUGCUUCUGUCACUACAGAUAUGGCUGGAAAUGUCCUGACCUCUCAUUAAAAAAAUACAAGUGAUUAUUUUUACAAACAUGGCAGAAAAGAUCCCAACCUGUCGUAAAAAAUACCCUGUUUUGCUACUAUAUACAUGUCUGGAAAUGUCCUGACCAGUCGUUAAAAAAAUACCUGCUUGUUUUGCAAAAAACGUUCAGAAAAAUCCAGUCCUCUCGUUCAAAAUUCAGCUUUUGUUGCUACAGAUAUGGCAGGAAAUGUCUUGACCUCUUAUUAAUUUAACCAAGCUUUUAUCGCUACAAACAUGUCUGGAAAUGUUCUGAAAUGAUGUUAAAAAAUUCCUGCUCUUGUUGCUACAGAUGUGGCUAGAAAUGUCCUGACCUUUAGUUAAAAUAUACAAGCUUUAAUCAGCACAAUCAUGGCAGGAAAUGUCCCAAAAUGUAGUUAAAAAUACCUGCUAUACAAAUGAUAGCUGAAUAGUAUAUUCUGUAUGCCUUUUGUGUCUUAUUAGGUCUAGUUUACGUAAUUUCUAACGGGGGAAAAAAUGGUAGAAACCUCUAAGAGCGACUGAGGAGGGAUCCCUCUUCCAGGACGGACAGACGUGCAUAGAUGUUGUAAAAAACAAUUAAAUUACAGUAGAUGACAAAAUGAUAAACCAGCUAGUGACCGUCACAAGCUGUUAAGACCAGCUAAACCAUUAAAGACUAAAACAUACCUUAAACUCGUCAAACCAGGUCACCCAGUUUAACCAUCUUAAGCCGGUCAAGCUGUUUUUAUCAUCAGGGAUAUUAACCGUACAGACAUGGAGGUAUCAAUCUUCUCACCCUACUCUUUUCAACGUGAACAGGUUUAUUUCCUAAAAUGUCAAACUAUUCCUUAAGAAUCAACAUGACUUAUAGAAAAGUGUCUGUACUCAGGAUCCCCUUCCAAGUGUGUGAAAAGGAAACGUUUUUUGAAGUGUUUGUGUAAUUAGGUUUGGAUUGGGCUACCUCUUUAAGAGACAGGAACAGCUGCUCAUCUAGAAUUUUAAAAAGGCGUAAAACACCACCUUUUCUGAUUUAUACUCAGCUUCGUAAAGCCCCUUUGCUCUUUCGUUCCCCAUCAACGGACUGAUGUGGUGAAGUUUUCCAGGAGCAUAUUUCCAGUCUGUCACCAUCUAGACUGAAUUACAGUAGUUUCCCUAUAAAUCCCCAAUAAAAAUAGACUUCAGGCCAGCCAGCAAAACAUAUUUGACUCAGCUACAAAAAUAUCAAAAACAUUCCAUCUGCAUGACUUUGUAAAGUUCUGCCUUUGUAUAAGUCUGCAUGUUUGUGUACUCGUCUGACUGUGUCUGAAGGGGCUGUAUGUGUGUUAAUGUGUGUGUACGUUUGGAGUCGAAGCAGGGUUUUUCACGCCUUGUUUUUGGCUUGUGUUUCACACGGGGGGGAAAAGUGGAAUACGUCCUAUCUUCCCCUAAACCGGUCCACCGAGCUCCGGUCAGAACAAGCUGCCAAAAGCCGACCCCAGCUGCCUUCCCUCUCUGCCUCUUUCAGGAGAUUUUCAUCACUCGGCUGAGGCUGCGCUCUGUGCCAAGGCCCCUCUUCAAACUCAUCAUCCUUUUAAUUCAGAAGACCGGUCUUCUUUGUGUAUCUACCACCUUUUUUUGGCUGAUGUUAUUCACUUUGAAGCCUCAUUUUUGUCACGAGAAAACAAACUCCCCACUACAGUGCCACCUGCCUCUCUCGUCUCUCAGUGUUUUCAUAGUGUGGAGAAGCAAGAACUGCCUCAGAUCAUGCUGUGCUUUUACACACCUGAGCCGUGCCGUGCUUUUGACUGUGCUACAGUAUCCAUCUAACCUCUUCACCGACAACCCAAUCGCCAGAAUAAAUGUUGGCAUUUUACAUUUCUGCAAACCACGGAUAUUUUAAAUUUGUAUGUUUCGUGUGGAGUGGAUGUGUUGAAUCGUUACAUUUCAAUUCUCAACGUGGUUAGGUAAGGGCAAAAUAACGUUUGGUUAAGGUUAUGAAAAAGCUUGAAAUACUUAGUUUGGUCGCCAAAAACAUGUCUGGAAAUAUACCAAUGCCUUGUUAAAAAUGUACCUGCUUUUGUUGUUACAAACAAAGCUAAAAAUCUCCCAAAUUAUCAUUAAGAAAUACAAACUUUUGUUGCUACAAGCAUGGCUUGAAAUGUCCUUUACUCUCAUUGAUUCUUUCAUUAGAGUUCAGGACAUUUAAAGUGUUUUGUGGUUAUAAACACAACUAAAAAUGCACUAAACUCUUUUUAAAAAAUACCCAUUU